GCGGAGAAGCUGCCCAUGACGGAGGAGUCAGAGGACAGUCCGCAUCGAAGGAGCACCUGCUUGCGGUCGUACUCCUCUGUCUCACAGCGGAGGAGCGACGACGGCGGUGAGAUACCUUGGUUAGUGUACCGUCUCGUUGCCCUUUUCCUUGCGCCAUCGGCGGCAACGCACCGCCUCCACUCGGGGUCGUCACCACCGCCGGUACCGCGGCCCGCUGACCACAUUCCGUGCCACAUCGAGAGGGGGAAAGGAAGAAUUGAAGUCGCCGACGACGAGAAAGCGAGAAGGGGAUCAGGAAAUGUGGCGGCGUGCAAAUAGGUUUCAACCUGUAUUCCACCCGCGCAAACGUGUACAUAUACUGUAUGGAGGGGGCGGCUUGUGGGCCAGUGUAAAAAAAUUACAAGCCAGGCGACUAUAUGGGCUCUGGUCUGGCCCAAAAAAAGGGACCAAACCGGUAUAGUCGCCAGAUUUUUACAAGACGCCCCUUUUUAAGAGGUCUAGAGAUGCUCUAACAAAUAUCUAGCCAAUAUGUUGGCGAAACUGGUACGGAACCGAGCAUCUCCACGCCCGAUGUUACAAGCGGCAAUGCCCCGUCACGUCACGAUAGGCGAUGUUGCGUUGCCGACACUACUGCUCCGAUGGUGUGCUGACGGGUGUUGGCGUGUGUUGCGGUUGACGUCGUCCUUAUGUUACCAUGCCGGUAUAUGGCCGUAAAUAACAACGCGUAUGAAUUUAAAUCUUUUUAGUCGGAUGGGGCAUGUUCCUCGCACCUCAAGGUGUAAGUGGCGGUUGUCCCUUAGAGCAUCCCUAGUGGAUGGUGUAAAUUUGGACGUGUAUAUCUCCAUAUACAUGUCCAUAUACACCUUGCUAAAUUAUACACCUCCCAGUUUUUCAGUGGAACGUGUAAAUUAGGACGUGUAUAUUCCAACGGCUAUAUUUUCAAACAGCUAUAUUUCCAACGCCAUAUUUCCGAUCUAUAUAAACCACCCCUACCACCUCUUCCAGCACAUUUCUACCUGUGACUUCUCUUCUCACCUAGAUUUUUCUAUCAUUUCUCACGCAACACAAUGAACACAUCCACUUGGGACAUGAGUUCUUCGUCAUCUUCAUCUGGCGACGAUGAACUCAUACUUGCAGCAUUCGCCGAGCGCGAGGAGGAAGAGAGCAAGAACGCUCGACGCCAUGGCGGUUCCAAGCAUGGACGUCAGUCAAUCGGUCGAGGAAGAGAUGCCGGAUUUCUUCUUCAGUGGGACGACUACUUCAAAGAAGUUCCUCGCUUUCCCAAACAUUUGUUUCGACGAAGAUUUAGGAUGUCGCGUACUUUGUUCAACCGCAUAGCUGAUGGUAUACUUGAGCAUGACUAUGAUGAUUAUUUUACGCAAAAAAGAAGUGCUUCUGGAGCUCUUGGGUUACAUCCUUUGCAAAAGAUGACCGCGGCGAUGCGGAUACUAACAUAUGGAAUAGCAGCUGAUUAUGUUGAUGAGUACAUCCGGUCCGCUGAGUCUACUAAUUUAGAGUCUUGCAAGAAAUUUGUGAUCAAAAUUUGUGAAGUUUUUGGGGAAAAGUACCUGAGAUCUUCAAAUGAAGAAGACAUUGCUAGGUUACUUGCAAUAGGGGAGGAAAGAGGAUUUCCCGGUAUGUUAGGGAGCAUAGAUUGCAUGCACUGGGGGUGGAAAAAUUGCCCCAAAAAAUGGCAUGGCAUGUUUAAAGGCCAUGUGAGCGAGCCCACUAGGAUCUUGGAAGCAGUUGCUUCACAAGAUCUUUGGAUUUGGCAUGCUUAUUUUGGUUUACCAGGGCCUCUGAAUGAUAUAAAUGUUCUUCAACGUUCUCCUGUUUUUACAAAGCUAGCCGAAGGACAAACUCCUCCAGUGAAUUAUAGCAUCAAUGGCCAUCAGUACACAAUGGGGUAUUACCUUGCAGAUGGUAUCUAUCCACGGUGGGCAACAUUUGCGAAGAGCAUACCAGCUCCAACUAGCAGAAAGCAUAAAACUUUUGCCAAGAAGCAAGAGGGGGCUAGGAAAGAUGUGGAACGAGCCUUUGGAGUUCUGCAAUCCCGUUUUGCCAUUGUUCGUGGACCUGCUAAAGGAUGGAAACGUAAAGAAAUCACUGAUGUCAUGAAAGCUUGUGUCAUAAUGCACAAUAUGAUAGUUGAAGAGGAGCGACAAACUGGUCGGCAAAGCUGCACUUUUGAGGCAACGGGAGAAAGAGUCACAGUCUCUCGUACUCAUGCGGAAGAACUGAGCUCUUUUAUUCAGAUGACUCAUCGGAUUAGAAAUUUCGAUGAACAUGAUCAGCUUAAACUUGAUCUAAUUGACCAUGUGUGGAAAAAGUUUGAAAACGAGUAAUCCAUGUCUUUGUAAUGCAGCUAUCAA